AGCCCUGGGGUGACAGAGGGCGCUAGACCGCGCGUCCGGGAGGGGCGGUGCCACCUCACUGUCACCCUCUGUGAAACUCCACUUUCAGAAAUACACUGAUAAGUGUCUGAAGAGACCCCUAUCUCCAGGGCAAUGACUGAGAGAUGCACCUCCCAGUUGUUUACAAACUAACCAGAGAAGGUGCAGAGUUUCCAGACCUCCUUCAAAGCUAAAUGCCCGUUCUUGCAACUAUUUGGGGAGGUGUCUACUUCCAGUUCUCUUUCCUUUGUCACCUCUUCCUGGAGACUCCUGAGAAAGGACCUGAAAGGUGGAUUAAGGUCUCAACUUGCUACUGAAUGCCCAUCUGGGCUCUGCCUACCAGCUGAUGUGUUACUUCAACAACUGGGCUCAGUAUCAAUCAGAUGUAGAAGGUAUUAAACCUCAUGACAUUGACCCCUGCCUAUGUACUCACCUAAUUUAUUCCUUUGUUGGGAUUUGGAAAAAUAAUAUUACCAUGACCAAAAAGAAAGCCUUGGAUGACUACAAAGAAUUUAAUGAUUUAAAAAAAAGAAACAACCAGCUGAAAACACUCCUGUCCAUUGGAUGCUGGAACUCUGGAACUGCCCCUUUUAUCACCCUGGUCUCUGCUCCAGAGGGCCGCCAGUCUUUCAUUACUUCAGUUAUCAAAUUCCUGCGCAAAUAUGGCUUUGAUGGACUGAACUUAUUUUGGCAGUACCCUGGUUGUCAUGGAAGCCCUCCUAGGGACAAGCAUCUCUUUACUGUGUUGAUACAGGAAAUACGUAAAGCUUUUGAAAAGGAGGUGAGUAAGAAUAAAAAGCCGAGGCUCUUGGUCACUGCCGCAGUUGAUGGUGCUAUCGCCACAAUCAAAUCUGGCUAUGAGGUUUCCCAACUGUCACGGUCCUUGGACUACAUUCAAGUCAUGACAUAUGACCUCCAUGGAUCUUGGGAAGGCUACACUGGAGAAAACAGUCCCCUUUAUAAAUCUCCAGCUGAAACUGGCAUUAAGGCCUUCCAUAACAUAAAAUACAUCAUGGAUAAUUGGAAGCAAAAAGGGGCAGCACCUGAGAAGCUCAUUGUUGGAUUCCCAGCAUAUGGACACACCUUCAUCCUGAGUGACUCCUCUAAAACUGGAAUUGGUGCCCCUAGCAAUCGUGGUGGCCAUCCAGGGCCCUACACAAAGAAAACUGGACUCUGGGCCUACUCUGAGAUUUGCACAUUCCUGAAGAGUGGAGCCACUCAGGUUUGGAAUGCUGCUCAACAAGUGCCAUAUGCCUACUAUGGUAAUGAAUGGGUUGGCUAUGACAACAUCAAGAGCUUUCAUAUCAAGGCUCAGUGGCUUAAGAAAAGCAGUUUUGGAGGUGCCAUGAUCUGGGCUAUAGAUAUGGAUGACUUCACUGGCUCUUUCUGUGGUCAGGGCACAUUCCCCCUGACCUCCACCUUGAAGAAAGUCCUCAAAUUGCACAAUGCAAGUGGAAAAACUCCAACCCAAUCUAGUGCUCCCAUAACAGUAUGUGGUAGUAACAGUAGCAGCUUUGCAGGGGAAUAUUCUAUGACAACUCUGAGCAGCAGAAAUGCCAGGUUAUUCACUGCCAACAGGCCCAUGGCCAAUAAUCUAAUUGAACUAAGAAGAAUGCCAUGUAUACCUGUGUGAGCAGAAAAACUUUCACACAGCACUUCAGGCUUGUCUUGUUAUGAUUCCCUUGCUCCAAGUGAUGAUAACACAUAGAUAGACUGGUAGAAAUAUAGAUUCAUUUCUACUCUUUUGAUAUACAUGUUAAAAACAGACUUGAAAGGAGAAGUUUGUUCCUCACUGCAUUUGUUUGAAAUUAUAUUUUAAGACCAAUAAGUAAAAUAACUGAUAAUUUAAACGUUAAACAAAUGGACAAAGCAUUUGAACAAGCAUUUGUAAAUAUCAUCCAAAUGACCAAUAACUGAAAAUGUACUUAUCCUAAUUAAUAACCAGGAAAUGCAUAUCAGUUCACAACAUGAUGCUAUAUAAAAUCCCCAGUAGAGUGACUGAUGGAAGCAGAGGCAAACACCUACAUUUAAACACUGAACUGAACCCAAGGAACCCAGCGACAGAGAGAGAGAGAGGAGCGAUGAGCAAAUUGGCAAAG